UCGUGGUACGUCAUCACCGUGUGACUGUUGUUUACAAUAGCAUGGCAUGCAGUUGCAGACAGUUUUCACCUGUUGUCUUGUAACUUUGGGAGGAUGACCAUGGAUAUGACAUUCCUCGGGACCGGCUCGGCCUACCCGUCCCCUCACCGCGGGGCGUCGGCUCUGGUGCUGCGGGCAGAAGGGGAGUGCUGGCUGUUUGACUGCGGGGAGGGGACACAGACACAACUCAUGAAGAGCCAACUCAGAGCCGGUCGAAUCACCAAGGUUUUCAUAUCCCACUUGCACGGGGAUCACCUGUUUGGUCUGCCUGGUCUCCUUUGCACUGUGAGCCUCAACACCAACCCCGAGCAGCAGAACCUGAACUGUGUGGACAUCUACGGGCCCCGAGGUCUCCGACACUUUCUAAGGGUGACACUUGGCCUAACAGGAUCUCAGCUGCUUUUCCCUUAUGCAGUACAUGAGCUGGAAACCACAACGGAGCAGAGUCCAGAAGAGGGGCAGCUCAGCCUGGAGAUGACUGCAGAGUGCGGCCCUCUGCACCCACAGGAGCAGCCCGGCAGGACGAUCUCACUGGAUGUCUCCAGUGACUGUUACUUCCUCUUUGAAGACAAGAAGUUUGUGGUCAAGGCCUGCAGGUUGUUUCACCGCAUCCCCUCCUUUGGUUUUUGCAUUCAGGAGCAUGAUCGUCCCGGAAGACUUAAGACGGAACUCCUAAAGGAACUAGGUGUGAAGCCAGGGCCUCUUUAUGGGCGGCUGAAAGCUGGCGAGUCUGUUACUCUGGAGAACGGCCGUGUCGUCCUGCCUAGUGAAGUUCUGGAAGAAGCCAUUCCUGGGAGGAAAGUCUGCAUCUUAGGAGACUGCAGCUCAGUUCUUGGUGAUGGACCACUGAAGUUAUGCAAGGGAGCGGACGUUCUGGUUCAUGAGGCCACCCUUGGGGACGAGCACAGAGAGAAAGCAGUGGACCACGGACACAGUACACCUACAAUGGCAGCCACGAUGGCUCGGGCUUGCUGUGUGCAGAGGCUGGUGCUGUACCACUUCAGCCAGAGGUACAAACCGUGCUCAAUGCAGAAGGAAGGGGACGAGGAUAAUGUCUCAGAGCUCAAGAGACAGGCAGAAGAUGCUCUGCAGGACAGUGGUGUAGAGGUGACUCUGGCUGAGGACUUUCUUACUCUGCAAAUCCCUCUCAAAAGACAAUGAACUUCUAAUUUAGUUUUUACAUUGCUUCAUGAUAGAGUAUAUCUCAGCUCAAGGUCAACGCUCUUCAUCAGCAUAUGGAGUUUGUUCCUUUUGUCAUGAGACUGAUGCUCAAACUUUUAACUCUUGUGUCCAUGUUGGGUUUACUGUUGACCUUGGAAACAGCAGUCGACAAAACAAUCUUAGCUCAAGGUCCACUUACUCGCUUUCUCUGCUUUCAACCGUAUUACACGGCUUUCAUCAUCAGAUGUACUGUCAAGCUCAAGGGUUGCUGAGAAAAUUGUCGCAGCCAUUGUAAAUUUGCUCGUUUGGUAGAAAUUCUCCCAAUGAUACUCAUGGUAUGAAUAAUAACGUGGUAGGUUUCAGUCUUGGUGUUUUGUUUCAGUUUGUACUGUUGACUUAACUCCGAACUGAAACCACACUCUUUCCAUAUUCUCACAUCUUUUAGUGCGAUAAUAAAGAACAUACAAUCAUCUCUCAACUUUUUCCAGAGCUUUAUUUCUGGAUCUGUACACAAGGUAUUAAAGUACAACAGAAAAUACAAAAUAAUGUUUAACAAAAGAAAAAAAAACAACUCAAUGUUUAUGUACAAUUCUUAUAAACAAUAAAGAUAGCUUCUUGAA